AUGGUGAACAGCAGACUUUUGCAGUCCCCUCUGACAACCGAGCGCAGUGGGGCCCUUACCUGUGUCCACAAAGUUGGCUGCGAAAAUUUGCAGCCACCGGAGAACAGGCAAAUGGAGCUGAAGUUACCGCUUACUUACGGAUCCUGCUACUUUCCGACCAUUCCAGCUCCACAGGAACUCCUGAGCUCCACGUGGUCUCUGGCACGGCCUGCAGGUACGUUUAUAUCCGAUAACGAUCUGGGAUUUCUGAACUUGAUUAAUGUAGCCUUGAGCAUCUAUAUGCAUGCAGGAACAUUCCUUACUCAUGUUUCGAAAGUUUUUAAAGUUUAGAAGACAAAAACAGUUUGAUAGCAGGCAUUGAAAGACCACCGGAUGUCGUUCUUAAGGUCACUAUUUUCCCACGUUAACGCUGUACAAAUUGUACGCGCACUCGGACAGCUGUCAUAAAUUAGGCCUUUCGUUUCGACAAAGUCAUAGUUUUCCUGUCUUCCAAAGAUGCACUUCAAAGCUAUCUGGCCUGGUGCCCGUUUCUCUUAAUUUUUUGCCAGUUGCUGAGAGAAAACCACAAACUUGACUUUACGUGGUAGUUCAGUACGUGUUUACAAUUUACAGAAAGUGUAUACCAACCUACAUAGCAUAGUUACACCUACCGCGGUGGCAAAUCUAAUCCCUAAUUGAGCCUUUAGCUGCACUCCAGGAUAAGUAAAGGCUGUUUACACACAGUCCCGGGACUUUUUUUCUGCACGAGUAGGGCUCUAUCCCUUUGCGAGACAUUUGUUGCCUAUAUGUAAAAAUAAACUUUUGAGAACACCAAUGGAAAAGGAAUGUUUGAAACUAAAAAGGAUACCUGCUGGCCUUGGGUUUACUUGGGUUUGUUUUGACAACAACUGCAGUUUCGAGUCAUUAGUUGUCCAAAAAUCUGAACUCUGAGUAACGAAAUACGUAAUCAGACAAUAAAAAUGUUUCAUGUCUAAACGACUCUACACCUAAAUCUAUUGCUGACUACUUACUUAUGACUAUCACAAACUGUCUGAAAAAGUAUACUGACUUAUGCGGACCGCGUGCUGCCCGAAAUUGUGGCGAAUAAAUUGAUUUAUAUUUGCUCAGAUACAGGACAGAACUUUUGCAAUUUUGGUUGCUACUUCGAAAAUCCAACUGUAGGUGUAUGCUAACCUGACCAAGUAGUUUACUAACAAAGGAAACUAAACAAAGACUUGUAGAUAUUCCCGUUAAGAGCCCGGACUCAGGGAUACAUUCUUAGUUGCAACGUAGCUGGGUACCUCUAAUUCUGUGUUUUGAUGAUGACAAUACAGGAAAGUGUCCCGUAGAUAAACGCAGAUAUGCGUCACUGACUCCCUUCAGUGAAUAGAUGGGAAACAUUCCAGUUCAUUUAACGUAACAAGAAGCGAUCCCCACGGCACCCUCUUCCCCAAAAAGUUGGCAAGGAUGUAGAAAAAAAGAUUACACCGAAUGUGCAGUCUUACUGUUUCUAAAUCCCAUACCUUAGGGAAAUAUUAUAGCCCACGCAAGAACCCCUGUCUAAUUUUAUUCCCACAGGCAAUACAAAAACCAAGUAUACAGGAACGCUUAAUUUGAGCACGCUGGCAUCGCUCUCCCUCUUCGUGUUGCCCGAUAGUCCGUAAACAAGUCUGACCACCGGCAUCGGUCGUUCAGCUGCUACGGCCAGAUGAUGGUUAUGUCGCAGAACACGGAGAUUUGAAACAAGACACAAGCAUAUCAUUAUAAUGAUGCGAAUUAGUUAAAAGGAACUUUAAUAAACUUUCCUUUUCAAGGGCAACACAGGUCUGGAGAUUUUUAACCUCUAUGCAGAUUAUUCUAUUUCACUGAGUACAGUUAGCGGUUAAAUUAAGUCCCCAAGGACGGAACAGGCCAGUGGAUACAAAUAAGCCACUAAACAUAAGAAAUAUGUACUAUUUUAAUCUUACGCUCUCCCUAGAUACGUUUUUCGCAACCACGUGCGACGCCGAAGAAAUAACUGCAUAUUGUUAAAUCUAUAGAAGACUCCAUGAAUAAAUAUCUUGGCCAUCAUAAGGCUUGGGACUAAAUGGCUAAAUUCGACGUAUAUUUGCCUGCACUUUCCGAACUUUGUUAGUUGUUUUGCAAAGUAAGAUCCACUUACAACGCACUCGGCGGACCUUUGAGCAAUGGCGAAACCAGAACUUCUUCUGGUCUAAACACCCGCCUCCCUACUUUGUCAAAAAAAUCCGACACACCCGAUUUUUUUCUGUUAAAGUCGCUGUCCUUUUCGCUCUGUCAGAUGUGUGCGACUUAGAGAAGCAACCUAGACACUCAUGCGUUCACGAUGUUUCUUUCAUAUGCCCUGAAAACCUUUAACUCGAUUCGUCGCGGUUUAGAUGUUAUCAACAGAAGAAGUUAAUGCAGACUUUUUCCUAGUUAGUUUAACCUCGUCUUUUAAACCGGAGGGAAUCACGUGCAUUUGUUUUGAUUUUGAGGAUGCGGUGCAAUUUCAGGAGAAAUAUAUGUCAGUUACGUUAUUGGCACAGUUUUUUGCUUUGCCAUGAAGUAAUAUGCGAAAAAUAAGGUAAUCUUUAAUUUUACUUCAGCUUUCCAUGAAACACCAAGAUCUUUAGUUAAUGCAGUCUAAAUCCGUGCUCACGGGGAACCCAAAGUCUGUCGUGUAAACCCAGCGCUAUUCCACCGAUUAGCACGUCCCAUAAAAGGCCAGACGACGUUCUACGCCUAGAGGUUGCCACGAUACGGAAUGCAGUCUAUUCAGCUAAACCAGAGCGUGCGUUUCCGUGCCUUCACCAACUUCCACGAAAUGAGAGCUUCUGGCUAAUUACGCAAAAGACUCCAAUUUUUAUACGAGAUAUUCUUUGCCACGUAUGUGGAAUAUGUAUAACAAAGGGACAGCACACAGGGACAACAAAAAACAACUGCCAUGUGCUGCCAAAAAGACGAUAAAAGGCAUGUGCAUGUUAAGAGACUCAGCUAGGCAAAUAUGUUUAAGGAACAAACCCAUAGUAGUUGAUUUAUGCAGGAUUGAAACUUGCUGUUUGAAUCAGCACGCCAAAUGAGGACAGUCAAUGAACAGUGACCCAAGACGUGGGCCAGAGAGACUAAGUACAGGGUUGCACAAUGCCACAACCAAAGGACCUGUUUGCAAGACCAAGAGUUCAAAAAUGCGUGAUAACCAGUACACACUUUUCAGAGUGAAAAGUGCAGCAAAAAUAAUGGCUGGUGUUUAGGAAAUAAAUGGGGAAGAGUCACCAACAAUGAAAAAGACAGACACCGUUUUGCUGUUUAAGAAGUGCAAAUACACAGAGUCGCACUAAAAAGGCUAUAUUAUUUUGGGAUAGUAAACUGAGCGCACACAAGUGGCGUCAAAUAAAGAAUAACAUGCGCGAAGAAAGCUAUUUGGUCAGGUCCUGAUUUUUCUAUCAAUUCUAGAAGUUCGACGGUAUGUGAUCUAGAGAGCAGACCGCUGGGACAAUUUUAUUAGCUAAUUGAUGACUCAGUCCGGUUGAUCCACUAUUCAGCGUCAGAGCCUGCGUUAUGCAAAAGUCGAACUGAACUUCACACGCAUUUUCGAGUCAACGAAUUCAGCUUUCAUCGAUAUUUCUGUCGUUCUUUCUGCCUCGUCCGUAUUUGGCCAACCUGUUGGUGUUGCAGCUUCCGCGACGACUUGUCCGCAUGGGGAGCAAGCGCAUGAGUGGGAAAGUUUUGGAAACCGUGUGAUGGUUGUUCCACCGAACGCAAUACCCAUCAUACAUUUUCUUGUUCGGAUUAAGUCACCUGAAGUGCGUCAGUCUAUGUCAUCGCGGCGAUAAUGACAUAAAAACUUAUAAGCAGGAGCGAGUUGCCUUGCCGGUCUGUCAAAAUCGUGCCAACAAACGUCGUCCCUUGUCCGAGUGGCUCAGAUGUUCACUCGGAGUUUAAAAUAUCUUCAUUCCGACCAAAUGCUAUGCCUGUGUGACUAGUAAAAGUCGAGAAAAGAAGGUAUUUGUAAGAAUUAUGUAUUUUGAACUCUGAUCUCCGACUGCUUAGCUCAGGAUUAUCCGUAAGAUAUGGUUUGGUAGCCCCACCUGACGGAUACAAUACUGUUGGGGUUGCGGUUAAGGGUUAUGGUUAGAGUUAGAGCAACUAUUUCUAAACCAUUCAACGUACAACCGCGCAUUCCCAAUAGAUUUUAUUUUGCAGACUACUGCUUGACGUCGUUGCCUGUGCGUCCCCCGGCCCAACCCGUAAAAACCCCUAUUACCACUGAUUCCGUAUUAGAAGUUACUGGGUUUUGUUUAACUCAGGUGGGGUUACAUAAUUCCAUCCGACCGGAUUAUCUUAUAGAAUGGCAAUGUGUGGGGUAAAAAUUAUAUGGACUCUUAGUAUCACAAAAGUAUAGUAGGUUGUCACGUAGCUUUAUUUGGAAAAAUAGGGAUGUUCCCAGAGGAUGGUGUAAUCACAUACACAUGUUAGUCUGCCCUUCCCCUUGAAGCAUUCUCAUGAAUACUUUUAUCUGAGUACGCACAGCGAGCACACUUUCCAUAGAUCCUGUCUCAGCCAAAAAAUAUGCGUCACUGAGAGAUGUCGUCGGAAAACGGCGAGAAACUGGAGCAGCUAUUUUGGGCUUCUUUGCUGUCGAAGGUGAGUCAUACAUGUGACCGUGACCUCGAACACCUCCGGUUAGUCGACAUACAUAUCCCUCGACUAUAUGUUCUACCUAAGAUCCAUAAGGAAGGCCUGCCAGUUCAUCAGAUUUUAGACAUGCGAAACUCUCCGUAUCAUGCGAUAGCGAAGUGCUUAACAGAGAAACUGAAGCCCGUACAGCAUCAGCUAGCAUCACGAAGCUAUCAAGAUACAUUUGAAUUCACUGACGCCAUGGAAGACCUAAACCUUAGCGGCCUGGAGAUGUUCUCGCUAAACGUUGCAUCGCUUUUUACAAAUGUCCCGGUAACCGAGACAGUUGAAUACAUCUGUGGUUUUCUAUCAACCAGUCAGCAGGAAAUAGGAAUUCUGACGGCCACAAUAAAAAAAUUAUUACUAAGAUACAAAUUAAAUUUACAGAUCCAUUUUGACAACCAACUCUAUAGACAAACAGACGGCGUUGCUACAGACUCGCCUUUUGUACAUCUCUCAGCCAAUUUCUUCAUGGACAAGCUGGAGAGAUUUCAACUAAGCGAUCGGAUCGAUAAGCUUAAACAUUACGGUCGCUAAGUUGGUGACAUUUUUGCAAUUGCCACCGCAGAAACCGACAUGGCUACUCUCUUAAAUGCUGUAUAUCAGGCACAUCCGUUGACCAAAUUCACGUUGGAGAUAGAAUCGGCUGGUUCGCUCUCUUUUUUGGACAUUCUUCUAAACAGGAGACGGUAGCGUCCGAAGGAGCGUCUAUCGGAAGAAAACCUGGUCUGAACAAUACAUGAACUUCGCCGGUUUCGUACCCCUCCAAACAAAACGAACUAUAGUUUGGUGUUUGGCACAAAGGGUUAAAAAAGUUGUCCAACAGAUAGCAUCGAGGGAGUGCUUAGAAAAAUCCAGGAUUUCCUUCACGAACACAGGUAUCCUGACAGGUUUAUUGCAAAGAACAAUGCUGAGGGACGAGCAAGGCCCACCAAACUGACUUCCGAAAAGAAAACUUUGUUUCUCAAAGUUCCUUUUCAUGGAGACGCUGCGAGUGAUCUCCUAAGUAGACGCCUUGAUCAAGCUGCCUCGCGAACCUUCCCAGCUGCAAGGGUUCAAGUAUAAUUCUUCACUAACCCUGUUUUACGCGGAGAAUGUAAGGAUAAGUUACCACUACAGACCAGCUCAAUGUGCAUCUAUUCCCUCACUUGCACCUGCGGAACAGGUUAUACUGGUCGUACGUGUCGGCGUCUAUCCGAAAGAAUACUAUAAUACCUCCUCGCAGGACUGGCAAAAGGCGAAACUAGGAGCAUAAGCAGCGUUAUUAUUGUGUAUGCAGUUGAUUCAGGACAUCGCGUGGACCCCGGCGAAGCUUUUCGUCUGAUUUAUAAGGUCCCCUCGAACUAUCCUAGGCUACUGAGACAGCGCCUGCUCGCAACAGCAGAAGCGGCCGCCAUCAGGUUACGAAAACCGACCCUGUGCGCCCAGGAGAACCUCGUUCGUGCUCCGUGCUUACCGAGGUCAAAGGUUGACUAACCACAUACAACUUUCUGAGCCAUUCCGCUCUCGCCCCGCCUGUGUUGUUAAAUUAACUUUUAUCUAUUUUUUAGUCACUGCCAUGUUUGACUGUACCCCGUUCCCAUAUAACUGUACUGGCCUGAGGAGUAUUUAUCGAAAGAUACGUAUAAUCCAGAAUUCCCACAGGUGUUUGAGGUCACUAUCACAGGCGCUUUUCUUCUAAUUGUAUGUGCAUACUGCCACACCUUAUGCAUAUUAAAACCACCUGUGUACAGGCUAUAUUACACGUUUUACGAUCGCGUGGGAACGACAUCCACUAAUCUAUGUGGGUUGUGGGGUGAAAUAAGAACAAUUUCACACUUUUGAGUUCCACUCUGGCGGUCAUAUAGCGGAAGUAAUCAAGAGUCGAUAAGUUUGACUGAUGCAGGUAGGAACAUAGUCAAUGACCUUUCUAGCUUAUUUGAGGUAAUCACCUAGCAAUGCACAAACACCGAUUUCUCAGCUUAUACGUUAUUUCUGACCUUCAAUGCGUGUAAAUUUUAGUUCACUGACAGGGCCAGUUUACGAAUUGAUUUCUGCCACAUUUUGCAGAAUACCUGCACCUUCUACAGUCCCUCAUGGCAGCUUGGCGUGCAUUUGUCUUCCAAGCUGACGUCGGAUUUCAGAAUGUGCAACCACGGACCCCCUUCCAUGGAGUAAAACAAAUACUCUCUAUGGCAGAGCCUGACUAUCAAUCGUGCGAUGUAUCCCCUCGGAGCUCCGCACCCACCCUCACCACGGAAAAAGAUGUGGGCUAUCGGAGGGCACCUCGACAUUCUUCAGGCUCCGAGCUCUCACCAGCCGACAGCCUGCCUUCUUCCCUAGCGUCCUCCCCACCCGCCGUCGAAGUCACAAGGACCUCCCCAACCGUCCCUUCCGCUGCCAAGCGUUACAGAAAAGCUCGUGUUUACUUUCAGCCAAAGGAUCUUUCAAUCCUCGAAAACUUUUAUAAAAAGAAAAACUACCUUUCAUCGCGCGAAAGGGAGAUUCUCGCUCAGCAGUUGGGUAUAACGGAGGACAGGGUAUGAUUUCAUGACUACUUGUCAUAUAAAUGCCCUGAAGCAAAACUAUCAAAAGACUCAAAUAUUGCAUAUCUGCAAGAAGGCUGCCAUCAUGUAUAUAGGCAAAAUGGUAUUACCGAUAAAGACAAGGGAGACUGGAAUGGCCAUUUUUGGCUUAUUAGCCGUCGUCAGCCAGCCAUACCCAAGCCCGAAGUGUGGAACACCUGAGCCUCGAACUCGCGACCUGUUGGUUUAGAAGUCCACGCCUCCACCAACCGGGCCACGAGCCCGUUGCCCUGUCGGUUUUCCCUUAAGGCACAACGGAACGAGUGAGUUCCGUAUGAACGAUCGGUGAGCGCCCCCUACCAUGGUAUAUUCUCGAUCGAAAACCGGCAGGGCAACGGGCUCGUGGACCGCUGGGUAGAGGCGUGGACUUCUAAACCAACAGGUCGCGAGUUCGAGGCUCGGGUGUUCCACACUUCGGGCUUGGGUAUGGCUGGCUGACGACGGCUAAUAAGCCAGAAAUGGCCAUUCCAGUCUCCCUUGUCUUUGUCGGUAAUAGCAUUCUGCCUAUAUAUCAUGCGCCGCUGUGCGACUGCUGGUUGGGCUCGAGAGAGAGCCCUUAAGGCACAACGGAACGAGUGAGUUCUGUAUGAACGAUCGGUGAGCGCCCCCUACCGCUAUAUAAUAUAUAUAUAUAUAUAUGUACUGGAAGAUGGGCAUCCCAUCGAAAUAUAUAUAUAUUGGUGGUAGGGGGCGCUCACCGAUCAUUCAUACGGAACUCACUCGUUCCGUUGUGCCGUAUGGACUCUAUCUCGAGCCCAACCAGCAACCGCACAGCGGCGCAUGCUAUAUAGGCAGAAUGCUAUUACCGACAAAGGGCAACGGGCCCGUGGACCGGUGGGUAGAGGCGUGGACUUCUAAACCAACAGGUCGCGAGUUCGAGGCUCGGGUGUUCCACACUUCGGGCUUGGGUAUGGCUGGCUGACGACGGCUAAUAAGCCAGAAAUGGCCAUUCCAGUCUCCCUUGUCUUUGUCGGUAAUGCCAUUCUGCCCAUAUAUAUAUAUAUAUCAAGCAAAUAAUUUCAGAAAUUAUUCGGUGCAGAAUAUGGAUUUAAGUCCCGGGACAUGACUCUUUGGGGUCAGAUCCGAAGUUUCAAUGAACAUUUGAGACGAAGACAAUCAUCUACUGUGGAAUAACCACAUAAUGGACAUUCUACAAACAAGUAGCACUCGAGACCCGAACCAACGACUUGCUGACUAGAAGUCGAACGCCCUAAAUAUGGAGUCUCGGGUUCGCUGUCUUGUUAGUUGGGAUCGGGUAUAUUAACAAUGGUAGAGAUGACGCGCACUGAUCGCGUUAUGGAAAUCACUCGUCUGAAUAUGCUUCUGUGCCAUAAACUGAUGUGUGAAUUGAUCCAUUAAUCGUUCGACGUACAAGAACAUCCAGAAAUGAGAGUUGUCUAUCAAUCUUCGCCUCGAAUGUAAACAUUUUUCCUGGAAAUAUAGAGUUCAGAUUCGUGUGGAGCAGAUUUAACUGAUUUGGCAUCAGCAUUUUCAUCUUAGUAAACACAAUUUACUGGAAGUUAGAUUCCAAGGCUUUCGAGACUGGUGGAUUAUUGGCAAGCAUGUAAAAGUGUAUUAAAUUGUUUUUCUCUAAUAUCUUCCUAAGUCAAAGGUCAUAAAGAAAUUGACGUAAGUGACCAGAAAAAUAACCCAAUGUGCAUUCAAUGGAGGGCUAGCUUGCCUAUGGUUUAGAAGCAAAUUUCCUUCUAUCCGGACAACUCAUAAAAACCACGCUUCUGUAAUCAGGGUUUUUACCCUCAACGUCCACAUCAUUGUUAGUCCUAAAAAUGUUCUAAACAUUUACAUAAAGCACGGGCCAGAACUAAUGAAAAACUAAUCUAGAACUUUGAAUGCGUCAAUGAAUCGAACUGGGGUUGUAAUAAGGAUAACUGGGGAACGAUUGUUAUAGCUAAAUAUAACCAGAGAUGAUCGUUUUCUCCUUAAUAUUUUAUCGUCACCUCCACCAAAGCUUUUCAGAAAAAUCAUUUACUCAGACAAUAGCGUUGUCUUCUUCUGCUAUUCGAUGUUUCAAAAAGGAGGUGGCAAAUAACCUGCCUUUAUAGCUAUCUCAUGGCAAAGUAAGAUAGAGUGAGAAAUGUGAAAUAUUCCAUCCAUAAAACAACGAACGCUAGAGUGUGACGUGGUAUGCGCAUAUUCUGUUAAAUUGUGGUGGUGGAAGUGCGUCCACUGACCAGCCUACGGAACGUGCUCGUCCCACUGAGACUUGGAGUUCAAUCUAGUGACUUUACAGGCAGCCAAAAAACAACCAUUAUGCACCAGGAAGAGUGCCAAAGAUGUCAAAGAAGGCUGGGAUGACCAUUUUUACCUUAUCUGAUGUCGUCAGUCAGCCUUACCCAACCCCAAAUUUCCAGGACGUAGGACUUGAACCCGUAUUUUUAAGUCACUGAGUAUUAUUAACUCCAACGCUUUAUCACUGAGCUACGGGCCCAUCGUCCUCUGGGCUGCAAUCAGCUGCACUAGUAUUGGGACUCCUCCCUGUGCCUAAUAAACUGUCACUAUAAGGUUGCCUGUGAAGGCUCUGGGCUGAUCCAUAAGGAGCAACGAGACGGACAUCUCCCGUAACCUGAUCGGUGAACGCAUUUCCAGCAUGACGAAUAUUCCAGAUAGCAGCCGACAGGGUAACAGGUUCGUGGAUCAGCUAUAGAGCGUUAAAUUUCAUAAAACUAUAUAAUCAAAGAAUCCGGCUUCAAAUUCCGGAUCCUACAAAUCCGACUUUUGGUGAGGCUGACCGAAGACAACGGAUAAGGUAGAAACGGCCGUUCGAGUCUCCCAUGUGUUUGCUGGUACACUGCCUUGUGAGCAGUGAUAUUGUUUGCAAAUCCUAUCAGUUAUCAUCUGUGUGUCGGCCUGUGCCUUCAUACCACCAUGGAAAUAACUUUGAAAAAAACUAAAAGAAAUAUACUGAUCGAGUAGCUUAUAGUACUGAAGAAACUGUAAAAAGGCGAGUUUUGUGUGGCGUCGUUUAGGGCUUUCAGUCAUCUGACUGAAAUAAAAUAUUCCGAAAACUCAACAGUCCGCGUAAUUGUUUUACGCACCAUAGCCUCAGUGCCUCUUCGAAAACAACAGGGCAAUUGGAGUAAACAUCAAAACUACGGAAAAACCAGUUCCACCGAAGUAUUCUUAUUGUCAGGAAAUGCACACUGUUGGUUGGACUAGCCGCAACGGCAAGCAUACAUUAGGAUUUUGGAAGCAUUUUCGGACAAGUUUGUCCACCCCAGUGUAUUUAAAAGUCAUUUGGGUAGCAUUCUGUGUAAUUUCGAGUUCGACGAUCUCGAUUCACGUUUUGUGAGCUUUAGUGACUAGUCCGCUACAAAAAGUCAGAGCAUAAAAGCACGAUUAUCGGAAAGAAUCAGACUACUAUUUGGAUAAAAAGACUCAAGUGUGUGUAAGUAAAAUAAAGUUGAAAUUUUGCUUCGUGCAGUCAAACGGCUGACGAAAUCCGCUGACUUAUUAUAGGAGUACAGGUAACAGUAGAUAAAUGAUGUGCCAUUUACGUAGAGGAAGUAAAGUUAAUGUGUACACUAAUGUCAUAGCCGCAGACUCGACUUCGAAUCCAUAAACUUCAUAUACUUAGCUUUAUGAAAUAAACGACGUCUAAACCCUGGGAGUCCUCUCAAAUGAUAUCAGGAGUUUCCUUGUUUUUCGGGGACUUGUAGCCGUAAAAAUAACUCAGUUGAAUAAGAGAUCUCCGUACAUUCCUUAUUAUUAAUUCAAAGAAGCCUGAAGUAUAUCCCGGCAUUUUUUGAUUUUAGAUUAAAACCUGGUUUCAGAAUCGCCGAAUGCGAGAGAAAAAGAAAGUAAAUGACAAAUCCUGCAGCCGUCAACGAGAAUCCAAUGGGGAGGAAACUGUCCACUAA